AUGGAAAAGGGAGGUCCACGCAUCGUGGAGAACAACCAAGAUGAAUCGCAAAAUACCCUUAUUGGAAUGGCUCAGGGAAAUUCCCCAGAGGCGCAGUAUUCAAAGGGUCCAAGAGAAAGAUGGAUUCGUUUUCGCAUCCCCGAUGACAAAUUCCUGCCAGAGAAAUCUAAUUUUCACCACGGAGAUACAGCUGUGUGCUUUAAAGUCAUUGACCGAGAUAUCGCGUCAAAGCUUCCUUUUGGAAUAGUUGUGACGAAGGAAGUUUCGAAAGCCAAGCACGAGUUGCAUCCAGAAAACGUGGUUCAUUCAGCCCGACUGGAAUUCUCAUUACAUUCAAGGACGUCAACAACACGGAGCUUGCAGCAAAAUAACUUCAAGCAAGACUCCUAUGGCGCCCGGGUUUUGGUGGUGCGAUAG